AUGAGUUCCGUGUCACGGACAAUGUUGUCCUCGCUGCAGUCACGUCUGCAGGAUGUCCUUCACGAGCCUCUUCCCAUCACAGAUGAGGGGCUCCUCUGUGCGUUGCAGGUCGGUGCGGACUUGACGGUGCCCCUGACCAUUAUUGGCUCCUACGACGAUGUUGCUAGCGAAACGGAUGCGAAGGGCAAACUUGUCGUCCACACCAGUGGGCUGCCUGGCGGGUUUGUCGUGUCCGACGAGGAGCUCGUGCGCGGCCGCGCUCGCCUGCGUCCGCCACUUCGACCCCCAACAGGCGACACGCCGCCAUCCCUUGGCGCUGUUUGCCUGAUGGAAGCGGUCACCAAGGAGCUGAUUUCUGAUUCAAACAACUCGACCUCACCCUCCACAUCGCCACGUGGUGUCCUGGACGUCUUCUACCAACUUGCUCGCCGUCGACACUUCUCCUUGUCGGGCAUGGGUCGCUUGUUGGAGUGUGGCUCGCGGCUGCACCCCAGCGCCUUGCAACUCGACUUCCCAUACCAAUGCGGUGGAGCGCAGGCCACGAAGCGCUACCUCGACAUCACUGCCGAGGUUACCGACGUCUUUGGCGAACACCUGCGGCACGGGACGAAGGUGCUGAGCCGCUAUGGCGUCGCCGUUAGCAUCGGUGUCGUUGACCGUCUUACAUCCUUGACGACGCCUGCGCUCAUGUGGCACCCAUCUGGCGCGCCAGCCGCUUGCCUCGCUCCCAUUCUGCACGGUUGUCCAGUGCUGCCGUUAGGGAUCCUGUCGCUCGACUAUAACGGACCCGUUCCGGGAAGCCCUCUGACGAUGAAAGAAGAUCCGCGACGGUAUAUGAACAUCAUGGGUGACGACAACUGCGACAACUCCAUGUGGCUCACCGAAGGCCUCUUCGGAGUAAAACCCGGCGCCCCGUGGUCACGGCAGGGGAGAACUGGCAGUGACGCCGGCACCGCCCUGACGCUGUACGAAGUACUCGGGGUAGGGUACGACGAGGCCGCCGAGGAGAUGGAGUUGCUUGUGCGCGACACCGUCACCAACGAAGUCGUGGCAGCAGCUGACGUGUAA